CACUUCAGAUACGACGGCUUCUCAUUAGAUCUGCAGCUGUCCGGCGAAGAGGGCAAAGAAGAGGGCGGAGAUCUGACACCUUUCCUGCCAAACGGCGAGUGGGUAUUAGUCGGUGCACCUGCCAAGAGGACCUUGUUGUAUUACGACUGCUGGUAUAAUAAUAUUAGGGGCCAUAAGUAUGUACGCACGGGUGGGGCAGGGGACAAAUUUUUGGGUCAAAUAUUGCGUACCUACUUAUUGAAUGGCCCUCUUCUGUAC